AUGGGUCGUCUCCCCUCGAUAUUCCGCUCCGCACCUUGGCGAAGUACCGUCACUGUUCAGUGCUCUCCAUUAUCCACAUCUCGCUCGUCGUCAUUCACGGCUCUUAUUCCCCGCUAUAACAAGUACAUAGCGGCGAAAGUGGAAGAGUUCAAAGCGGGUGUGGAACAAUGGAAGACCAACAGGCGGCGAGCCAUAGUUAGAUGCGAUAGACAGAGACUGAAACGCCGGAUGAUCAAGCAGUCAAGGGGCCAUGGCGACUGUAAACCGCUUAUACCGAAGACGAGAAAAGUGUCAGCACGAAAGGGUGUCAUUGUGUGUAAAUUCAUCAAGCUUACAGCUACGUACGAGGAGAAAACUAAGGGCAACAAAGUUCGUGCAAGAGCGAAAAAGAAGGAUGGAGCGAAGGGCGAGAAAGAGGUCCGAGAGGAAGCCGAACACUCUCAAACGGAAGUUCAAAGAGAAGAGCCAAAUACCUAUGGUCGCUCAGGGUCAGAGCCGCAAGGAGAAGACGUCGAGCAAAAAGGGCACUUUCUCCCAAGUGCCAGUGGGCAUCAAGUGCCUUAUCUGCAGGCGGUUCGAAGAGCCCAGAAGGAGGCUCCGCGAAUAUGCUUCGAUUUUUUUUAUGUUGCGAACAGAAAGCCUCUGUUGAUGUCGAACCACGUUCCGCCCACCCGAGAUCACCCCAAGCAUCAUGGCUUGCAAGACGACGGGAUCGACGGACAGAGAGGGAGAAAGAACGCGGACAUGAGCGAAGAUGGUCAGAAGGAAGAGUGAUACCUUCCGGGUGGAGGCAGUCCUUCGAGCUCGACCGCGAGGGCUGCAGCUGAGCUUAUGGGUCCCGCAUUCGCCGUUUGGGAGGAGUCGAAUGCUCGACCAGGUGAAGACGAUUAGUGCAACAUUUGUGAUUGGCGAUAGUGAUACAACGCAGAACCAAUAUUGUAUGAGGGGAAUGUUGAGGUCGCUGGUUGUACAUCUUCAGUGGGUUGACCGCG